AUGGCAGCGAGGCGCUGGGAUGCUGCGUGGACCGGUUUGGAAUCGACGCUCUUAACGCGUGGAAACGGGACAGAACAGAAGCAGACAACUUGUACAGAUUUCUAUGCCCACCGUUCCGCUCCGUCAUCGCCGCCGUCUUCCAAAGACUUGUGCGAAGACAUCAAGCGGCACCACAACGAGCUUAAAGCUCUCGGUCUCGACCAGCAUCACCACCACGGAGGCGGAGUAUCCGUAAGCUCGUCCGUUGUAUCGGGCAUCCGUUCGGCCGGCCUGCACACGUCUAUGUGCGACGUGCAGGGUCUGGCCAACGGUUCCGUUCCGGCUUCCUCGACACCAGGAUCGAUGGUCAGCCAGCAGUCUACUCCUGGAUCGGCAGCGUCAAAUAUGAACGGUGGCGGUUCCUCAGGAUUAAGCGGGAGCGGUGGACAGGACAACGAUAAACCAACAAAACAGAAGAGACAUAGGACAAGGUUCACACCGGCUCAGUUGAAUGAACUGGAGAGAUGUUUUAGCAAAACACAUUAUCCUGACAUAUUUAUGCGGGAGGAAAUUGCGAUGAGAAUCGGUCUCACGGAAUCGAGAGUUCAGGUUUGGUUCCAAAACCGGCGGGCAAAGUGGAAGAAACGUAAGAAGAGCAACAACGUUUUCCGAUCGCCAGGUGGCCUACUUCCAUCCCACGGUCUGCCGCCUUUUGGGGCAAUGGGCGACCACGGCGGACUAUGUCCGACAAGUAUGUUCGGCACGGCCGAUACCCGCUGGGGAGUCAGUUCGAUGACACCAGGUCUGGGUCAAUUGGGCCAAACUGGAAUGGGAGGGUUCGGACAACUCAACCAGGGUUCUCCGCUGAACACGGGCUUGCCAAUGGCUCCUGCGAGCACAGUGUACCAAGCACAUUAUGGGCUCAAUUCAUUAGGUGAUUCAAUGAUGUCCUACUGCAAUACGGGCGGCGGCGGUGGGGCAAACUCAGGCGGGGUGCCCUUAGCUGCAAGUAGCGGUAGCCCGACGCCGCCACAACUAUCGCAAUGCGGUGGCGGCCAGGGUUCGCCGAGUUCGCCGUCCAUUCUGUCGCAGGGACACCAGCAAAAUACAGGAGCAGGAGGUGACCAAGAAGAAGAUUUAUGGCGAGGUCAUAGCAUCGCGGCUUUGAGGCGCAGAGCGUCGGAAUUAAAUGCUGCGAUACCGUCAUACUUGCAGAUAAAUUAUGAUACGCAUAAUAACUCUGUGUAUUGA